ACCCACCAGGCCCCUCCGGUAGAGCACUCUGCUCCGGGGCAGCCGCACCAGUCUCAUUCCGCCUGGAGGAAACCUUAAUCGGUUUCUAAAAACCAAAGGCAGGAAAGAAAGUUCAGAAAAAACACCGGAAGCCAGAGAUUGAGCGACGAAUUGGGUAAAGGGCCCGCUAACGUAGCAACGCGCAGCCUAACCCCGCCUCUGCUAGCUUAUUUCCGGCGCUUGCGGUUAGUCAUCCCCAACAUCACUCGUCGCAAAACGGUCGCGUUUUGCUAGUUUGGACGUCGCCUGGGCUACUUUUGAUUACGUAGCAUUCGCCGAAAAGGCUUUCUCUUUUUCCGGGUCUCUGGUCCUUCCUCCUCCGGGUUUUUCUGUCAUGGUGGCGGCAGAGGUAGAGAGAGAACGGAGGAGGAAGGGAAUUCGGGCGCCUCCCUCGAGGUGCUAAAGCGCAAACUAGGAGAGUGAGUGGGGUUCGAGCGAGCUCUGCGCGGCGUGGGAGACGGAUGUCUCGGGGCCCUGCGCAGGCGCGACGCGGCGGUGUGUGUGCGUGCGCGCGGCAGUGUGUGUGCACGCCCCUGGAGCGGGGAGCACGAGGCGCCGCUGGGGAAGCGUGAGGGCGCCUGAGGAGCGCAGGAUUCCGGACGCAUGUGGAGGACGGAGCGGAGGUAGGAGGAGAGCAUGUCCUUCCGAGGCGGAGGAGGCCGCGGCGGGGGCGGAGGCGGCUAUACUCGCGGCGGCUUUAAUCGGGGCGGCGGCGGCGGCCACUACCGAGGAGGAGGGCGAGGCGGCGAUCGCGGCGGCGGCCGAGGAGGGCGAGGCGGGGAUCGCGGCGGCUUCGGUCGUGGAGGUUUCGGCCGAGGGGGGGGAGGUCGUGGAGGCUUCCAGAAGGGAGGCUACAACGAGGGACCCCCAGAAAAUGUGGUCGUGUUGGGAGAGUUCUUGCAUCCCUGUGAAGAUGACAUUGUUUGCAAAUGCAUAACACAUGAAAAUAAAGUGCCUUAUUUCAAUGCUCCAGUUUAUUUAGAAAACAAAGAACAGAUUGGAAAAGUGGAUGAGAUAUUUGGACAACUUAGAGAUUUUUAUUUUUCAGUUAAACUGUCAGAAAACAUGAAGGCCUCAUCUUUUAAGAAAUUACAAAAGUUUUAUAUUGACCCAUAUAAACUGCUGCCCCUGCAAAGAUUCUUACCUCGGCCACCAGGUGAAAAAGCACCUCCAAGAGGUGGUGGUGGUGGUGGUAGAGGAGGAAUAAGAGGAGGAAGGGGUGGAGGAAGAGGCGGUAGAGGUGGAGGAGGCAGAGGUGGUGGUUUUAGAGGUGGAAGAGGUGGUGGAGGCUUCAGAGGAGGACGAGGAGGUGGUGGCUUCAGAGGUAGAGGACGUUAAGUGGAACUCGUGGCAAGUAAACAUCACCAAUUGGCUUUUUGAAUCAUUCUUCAGAAUUAAGGAAUUAUUUCUUCUGUGGGAUCUGAAGUUUUUUUUUUUUUUUUUUUUUUUUUUUAAGCAAAUACAAGUCUAAGGAACUGGUCACUUUAUGACUGUGUUAACAGUGUCACUACACCAUGCAAAAUGAAUGCAAAGGAUGAGACAGUUUUGCUCCAGAAGAGCAUGGACUGAAUCUUUUAUAUAUUUUGUACGAUGCUUAGCACUCUGUGGGUGCUUAAUAAAUGUUCAAUAAUACUUUUGUUGUAAUUUGGAGUUUUUAAAUAUGAAAAUUUAACUUUUCUUAGUUUUAAAAUUGAUAACUCUUGUUACUGUGGCUUAACUUCAUUUUUGAAGGUCAAAUGUCCACUGAAUGAAUUUUUAAAAGCUUUAGCAGUCCAAACAUAAAUAUAUUUGCAUAAUCAGUUCUCCAAGUUGAGAACUACUAGUUUGAGCUCUACUAGUGCUAUGGUAUAAUGCUUAUGAACUAUGUCAAAUGGACUCUUUCCAAAUAAAUAGCAAUUGUAUAUGGGAAUAUUAACACUUUUUAAAUGAUUGUACUCUCUAUAUAACAGCAAUUGUAAUUCCUUUACUUUGGGCAAUAAGAAACUUAUAAAAUUAUAUAGGUGGAGAAAAGUUUAUUAAUUGAUACUUUGGUUAGAAAAUUUGAGAAAUAAGUAUGGAAAUUCGGAUUACUUAGUUCAGUUGCCUUUUGGUUGGACAUUAAACACCAUUCUAUGUGGCUAUAAUUAAUUCAAUUUGAAGCCUGAAAUACUUGGAAUUUUUAUUUGAGUGCUCUUUAUUUAAUUCUAAUUGGGAAUUCAAAGGUUUAAAAUGCCCAUGAGUUGCCCAGACCACUGUUAAUAGUUGAAGGUGAGCCUUGAAGAUCUAUAGAAAAUUGAAUUAAAAGACUCUGGUCAUUUAUGAAAAUUAUGUUUAUUAAAGUUAAACAAAUAGAAAAUACAGAAAUACUUGCAUGACAAUACUGGUUUCUAAUAAGUGUUCUUUUAGAAUUUUUAUAUGUACAUGUGCUCUUUUAAAUCAGUGGUCCCUAUUGGUUUCUCAUGAGUGCUUCUAAUAAACUAUUCCAGUUGCUCACAUAUUAGCAGGAAAACAGUUUUACAUUGUCCCACUACACUAAAUUUUUUUUCUCAUAUUGUUUUGAAAGAUGUUAUUAAUAUAAUAAUGCCAUGGGCAAAGUAUGUAAUCCCUUGUAACCUAUUCUUGAGGUAUUUUAUUAUUGAUAUGAGUACUACUUAAAAUUCUAGUUAUAAUUGCAUAUUGAUUAGUACUCUGAAGAAAAAUAUUUUUGGGGGAGGGUCUUUCCUCAGUUAAUCAAGCUGUCAGUGUGAUUUCACUUUUUAGGGCUUUGACAAAAUGGAGUUUGUGUUUGAGUAGGAAAGGUGCUGUUGGAUUUAAUUAUCACUUUGCUAUUAGAAUAAAAAUUUUAGCAAGAAUGUCAAGUUUUUUUCAUGGCUCCUGAGAAAGUAUUUUUGAAGGUUUGAUUUUUCUUGCAUGAUUUCUUAAAUCUACUUUCUGAGCUAUUUUAUUCCUAGUAGAGGUAAACUAUUAUAGUUAGUACAGCUAGUAUAGUUAAAAGCACUCAGGGAUUCAGUCUUCAGUGUAAGUAUAAAUCCUCAGAAUCAUGGUCUACUUGAAAUGUUCUUAUUCAAAGUUUUAAUUUUAAUAUUUUCUUUUAUAUGUUGGAAUGAGAGGCUGUUUGGGAAUUCUUCCUGAAGGAAGUAAUAACUGAUAGAGUUGUAGUUUGAGUUCACAAUAAGGAUAUUUUUGAGGUUCACUUUUUUUUAAAGUUUUUUAGUUGAAGGAUCAUUUUCUCUUAUUUAAAUUGUUGCUGUGGCUCUCCUUGUAUGUAUACCUUCAAAGAAUGAUUAGAUCACUGAUAGUGGUAUUCCAUUAAGUUGUUUUUGGAUAAAACAAGUGAGCAUCAUAGCUACAAAUACCGUAUAAAGUAGGAUUCCUGGUUGGGUUUUUUUUUAAAUCGUCAAGUUUGUAUGUUUAUUUUUGUUGCUGAUAGACAUUUUUAAUGGCUCAGCUAAUCUUUAUUUAAAGAAUAGCUUUUCUAUAUUACUGGUAAAAAAGAUUUAUAAAAAAAUAAUACGGGGUGUGUGUGUGUGUUUUCCCCAUUUUCAGUUCAUAGGGACAACAAUGCAUAGUUGAAAAGAAGACUCCCUUCUCCUUACCCCCUUUUUUUGUAGGCAAGAUUUCCUUAGUCUAAAUAAAUUUGCUGGCAAGUUUGAUAUUUUCCAACAAAUUUCCAGUCUAAAAUUUAAAAUUUGAUUAAAUUUUAUCUGCUUUAGAAGGGAAUGUGAGCUGCAUUAUUUUUUUCUAACAAAAAUAUUUUAUGGCUUUUCUCCAAACUCUUACAGUAUAGUUUUUCCCCAUUUUACAGGUGAGGAAAUGGAAAUCAAAUGGACUUGUUUAUAGUAACACUAUAUUAAGUUUUAAGACACCUGAGCUUGGGGUGAGUCUUUUAUUUUGACCUAACCCUAAAUGUGCUUAUCUGAAUUCUUUCUUUGACUUCCCUACUUAUAAUAUCGCUGGUGCUCCAACAGAAAAUUAGCCAAUUUGCUUCCUAGUAAUGGUCUUAAAUGUUUAAAAGUGUCAUACUAGGCUGUAACAAUAGCUUGAGGAGAUCUUGGGAGAAAGUCAAAAAUUCAAUUCAGCAAAAUAUUGCCUACUAUGUUCAAGGCAUAAAACAUUGUGCUUUGUCAUUUUCAAAAUGAUAUGGUCAUAACAGUAGACUGCUGGAUAUAUAAGGUACAUAUAUUUGCAAAGUGGGAAACUUCAAUUUUGGUCUUGGCUAUGUGUCAAUUAAGUUAAACAAGUGGGAAAGAAUUUAUAGAAGAGUUAGUCCUGACCUUGAUGGAACUAAUAUUCUCAUAGCUGAUGGAUUAAUUCUCUUAACAUCUCUGUUUUGGAAAAUCUGAGCGUUGUCUUUUGUAAAACCAAGGGGUCAGGUUAAAUGAAGAGAGUGUGGUGAGGUAGCCAGUGUACUAAUAAGUCAGGAGAUGACAGGCUCAGAAUUCUGUUUCUAUAACUUAAUAACUGUUUGAUUGUGGCCAAGUGCCUUUCUUUGCUUCUUUUGAGUUUCUUCUUCAGUAAAAGAAAUACCUGUAGUGUCUGUAUCUUAAUUGUAGUAUAUGUGAGAACUUCCUAAAUCUUGAAGUACUAUGUAAAUAUCAGUGAUCAUAGUCUCUGAUCUGAUAUGUAAAAUGAGAAGAGGUGGUUUAGGUGAUCUCUCAGGUUCUUAACAAUGCUAAAAUCUGAUUCUAAGAUUCAGAAAAUUGGGAUGGUGAUAAUCAAAUGGAUGAAUAUGGCCCUCUGGUGGUUGUAUUUCAUUCCUUUAGUAUAAAAAGGUUCUCAUUAUUACUGUUCUUAAAAUGUUAACUAUUUUAACAGAAUAUGUAGUCUUGGUCAGAAGUAAAAGAUUUAUUUGUUUGGUCUGGAGAAAUUCUGAAAGAACCAUUUGUUCUUAAGCCAUUUAUCACUCCUGUUUUGCAUUGGGUAUAACUUUAUUAAAUUAAAUGUAAUUGCCCCAUUUUUAAGGCAAAGAAAUAUAAUUUUUAUAUUUUGUAUUCUAUCAGAUCAAUAACCAAAUCCAAGAAUUCUUUUCUUAUGUAAACUAUU